UAUGAAUAAUUUAAGGACAUUACUAUUUAAAAUCUAAAAUUCCUAUAUUCAUUUAGGUCAAUACAAAGGUCUUUGUUUAGAGUUUGAUGAAAGUAUGAUUGAUCUAAUAAGAAUUACUUGCAUAUCUGUCUGAGAAGAAGAACAUCGACCAUUUCUAAUUGCGAAAAUUAAUUGUGGAUAUGGAGAGGGAACGCUUUGGAUCGACAAUUACAGUAAGUAAGGCACUUCAGGAACUUAGUAACAUAAAGCAGAAUGAUAAUAAUUAUCAAUAAUCGAUAUUAGCAAUAGCAGCUAAGCACAAUCUCUCUUAAAUGAUUCCAAUGAGAGUACAAUUAAAUAAAGUAACAGCUUAAAAUCUUGUCCCAGACUUUCUGUUAUAUUUGGCUUUGACAGAAAAUAGUGGACUUGUUGAAUUUUGUAAAAGAUAAGUGAUUAAGCAUAGGAAAAUGUAUUACUAUUUGUAAUACAUGCUACCUCAUGAAACAAAUUAUAAAAAGGAUAAAUACUUUCUUCAGGAAUCCAGUUUUUAGAAGUAGUAUGAAGAGAGUUUGUAGGAGGAAUAUAUUAAAGAAUAUGAGGUUGGAUUAUAUCAUUGUGAUUUCUUUUUGCCAAAAUCAAAUACAAUAGUAGAGGUGAAUGGGUAUAAACACUAUUUACACUUCAAGGAGAGAAAGACUGGGAAUUACCAAUAGAAAUAUAAUUACCUGAUAAAAAAAGGGUUUAAAAUUAGAGAAAUAGAAUAAUGA